UUCGAGGGGCGGGGCCUCGGGCGGAGCGGGGUCGGGCUUCGCGCACCUGUAGGUUCUGUCUAGGGAUCCGCUGUCGCAGCCCCGGAGCAGCGCCGGGAGCGCGUCCCGAGCGUCGUAGGCUCGCGAUCGCUAUGGCGGAGUUCCCGUCGAAAGUGAGCACCAGGACCAGCAGCCCCGCGCAGGGCGUGGGAGCAUCUGUGUCUGCGAUGCGACCGGACCUGGGCUUUGUGCGCUCCGCCCUUGGGGUGCUCGCGCUUCUGCAGCUGGUGCUGGGGCUGCUGGUGUGGGCCUUGAUUGCUGACACCCCAUACCACCUGUAUCCUGCCUACGGCUGGGUUAUGUUUGUAGCUGUCUUCCUCUGGCUGGUAACAAUUGUCUUCUUCAUCAUCUACCUGUUUCAACUGCACAUGAAGUUGUAUAUGGUGCCCUGGCCGUUGGUGUUACUGGUCUUCUUUGUUGCUGCCACCGUCCUCUAUAUCACCGCCUUUGUCGCCUGUGCGGCGGCGGUCGAUCUGACAUCCCUGAGGGGCUCCCGACCGUACAACCAGCGCUCGGCUGCCUCUGUAAGUUCCCGGGGCUCCGGUCUUCUGCAUGGCUUCCAGCCCAGGCCUCUGUGUGCUCAUAGGCUCCUGAGUGGUCACUGGCUGGAUGCUCAGUGGGCCUCAGUCUUCCUUAGUGAGUAAACAGCAGAACUCGAGGGAACACGAAUGCUUGGGAUCCACUGUGGAUAGUCACGUCACGUGUCCCCUUGGGCUGGCUGUCAAUCACUACACACAUUCCAUCUACAUUUCUUUUAUUUGUACUUUUAUAAAAAAACCCAAACUUGGGGGCUGUGUCAAAUGGCUAUCCACACUCCAUCCACAAGGCCCUGUUCACUUCUAGUGGCAGAUCCUAUAGGUUCUUUGUCAGCCAAGGAAACUGGAGUUGUGGUCAUGUCCAGGACAGGGCAGCCUGUGCCCGGUGUCUUCCCUCUUCCUGAAUAUGGUUUAGUGAACUCCCUCUUGGGAACUGAGAUCUAAGCCUCUGAAAGCGUAUGUCACAGAGUACAAACUGGCUCAGAGAACUCCUGGGGGCUUUGAAUAUUAUUACGGAUUGUUUUUUUUUUCAAUUCCGGUCCUGGAACCACAGGGCCUUGUGAGGCUGGGCAGCUCUACCUAAGCUGAAUUCCAGCCCUGAAUGUUACUCGUGGUUACUAGGUCCGUGGAUACUAGGUGUAUAAACCUACACCAUGGUCACUCCUUCCAGAGAGCAGGGGAACACUCAUGGCUGUCCCUGGCACCAUCUGACAUGUCUGACCUGUGUAGUUCUGUUGACCGUGACUCUUAGAACAUAAUGCCACGUGUGUGGCGUGUGUGGGUAGGCAUAGUGGCUCAAGCUUUUAUCCCCAAGUCCAUCUGAGGAGACCCACUUGGUCUUGUGUCACCGUCCCCAUGUGCUUCCCCGGCUCUCUCUGACUGACCACCUUGGCUUCUUUUCUCCCCUGCCAGUUCUUUGCUUGUCUGGUGAUGAUUGCCUACGGACUGAGUGCUUUCUUCAGCUUCCAGGCCUGGCGAGGAGUGGGCAGCAACGCGGCCACGAGUCAGAUGGCUGGGGGCUACUCUUAAGCCAGCUAUGCUGUGACCUAAGCCACGGCUGGGUCUUAGCACAGGGCCACCCCCAACCUUACCAGGCUUAAGCUCUCCAAGCACUCCUGAGGAACAGGCCCAAGCUGGCACAGAUGGACAGCCAAGAGCCAGGAGCGGGGACAUCCUCCUCACCUCCCUUAUUCAGCAGAAGAUGAUGGGGUUGGGGGGCUCUUGUGGCUUUGCCUUGUCAUCAGAGAACUUCAGUGUCCCAGGCUGGGCCACCCUGCUCACCAGCACUAAAUGCACUAACAGACCUUCAGCCUCUGAUCUGCCUAGUGUAAACCUAACAAGACAACACAUGAUCUACGUUCCAGAAGCUAAGCCCACCCCCAGGCUCUUCUGGUCCCACCUCCCCCUCCCCUACCGCACGCCAACCCAUUGUCACCUGUAGAGAGACUUUUAUAGAAGAGUUGGGAUUUCGAGGACUGGACUAUUUCAGUUGGUUUCAAUAGUUUCCAAGACAGCAAGCCUCACCAUGUCCCCUCCCUCACGUGGAACUCUUUCUCUCCCUUUGGGAGAGAGCAUCCGUGCAGGGUGCUUCCCCCAGGCUGCUGAUUAGACACAGGGGACUUCCAAGGAGGGAGAGAGGGAAGCAGGGCCUUGCCUGGUGAGUUGUCAGGGGGUUAAUGGCGACUCUUAUUUGGAAUUAUUAUUUUUUACAAUUUAAAUAAAAAUGGAUGUGUCUGUUUGGAAA